UAUGAACUCUAUACCUGUGAAGCGAAAGAAGUACACUGGAAAGGAAAUAUGAAAAGUAAGGCUGCCAAAUACAUAGAGGCUCCUAACACACUGGAUUCCAAGUCUCCUCCAUUACAGUGUCCAGUAACAAGGAACAAAGGACGCAGCAGCCAGGUAAACUCUGUGAGAUCACAGUCUUCAUCAAUUUUAGAUCAGUCGUCUUCUGAAAGGAAUAAAAUGCAACAUAGCCAAGAGAAUUCAGUGGGAUCUAUAACUUCACCUGUUCUGUCACAUGGUACACUUGAAAGUAAAGUCCAAAGUAGCCAGGAAAAUUCCAUGAUUACUAGGGCUUCAUCUGUUCUAUCACAGACUGCAUAUGACAGCAGUAAAACACAAAAUACACAGGAAAAUCCCAUGGGCUCCAAGGCAGUACCAUCUACAUGUGAUAGUUCCAUGAUGCUCAGAGAAAAUGAACAGAUAACAGUUAAAACUAAAGGUACUCAAGUCAGUUACCCUAAUAGACAGAACUGUGGAUUUGAAGAGAAAAAUGCAAUUGAAAAAGCAUAUCAGAAUGCAAGAGGGCAAAAUGAAGCAUGGACUUCUCUAAAAUGUGAUGCAACUCCCUCUCAAGUUCUGCAGAAGCCAAGAGGAGUUGAGAUGCGCACAUAUUCAUCAGUAAGAAAUGUGACAUCAGAGGUAUCCUCAGAGAUCAGAUUAUUAGUCAUUGUAAAUGUCACAGCUAUCACGUAUGACCAUUUGAAAGGGUUACACUUUUUUCCAGAAAGACUGGCAAUAGAUAGAAAGAUACCGAAGCUUCUUUUGUGA